GCUGCCGCCGCCGGGGGAGGGGCGGCCGCCGCCCGCCUGCGCUCAGAGACUCACGCAGCCCUAGUCCCGCCAGUCCGCCAACACAGUAGUGCCGGCCCCCCUCCGCCCCUGGCCCUCCCCCUCCCCGCCUUGGGCUCGCUCCGCCUUUCUGCCCCCCACCCCCACCUCACGGGUACGGGCCAUUCCCGGCCAGGAAACGCCGUGGCGCCGCGUUGGGCCUAACUCGAGUCUCGCUGCCUCCCGGGAGUGCCGUGCGCCGCAGCCCGGGCCCAGGCCCCGGCAGCGCCUGGGUCAAGGAUUCCUCAUGUCCAUAACAUGUUGGCUAAGGCUCUGCAGCUCACCCCCACUCUCUGAGUGGUCAGUCUCCAUUAAUUGGACCCCGUGAUUUCCACUCUCUGCUGUCUUGGACGUCAUGAGCAUUGCAAUCCCUCUGGGAGUCACCACACCAGAUACAUCCUACUCAGAUAUGGCUGCUGGAUCAGACCCUGAAUCUGUGGAGGCUAGUCCAGCAGUUAAUGAGAAGAGCGUGUAUUCCACUCAUAAUUAUGGGACCACUCAGAGGCAUGGGUGUCGAGGACUGCCUUAUGCUGAUCAUAAUUACGGAGCCCCUCCUCCUCCGACACCUCCUGCUUCUCCCCCUGUCCAGACGAUCAUCCCUCGUUCUGACCUGAAUGGCCUGCCGUCGCCCGUAGAGGAACGCUGUGGAGACAGCCCGAACUCUGAAGGAGAGACUGUUCCUACCUGGUGUCCUUGUGGUCUUUCUCAGGAUGGCUUCCUUCUCAACUGUGACAAGUGCAGGGGAAUGAGCAGGGGGAAGGUUAUUAGACUUCAUCGGCGGAAGCAGGACAACAUAUCAGGUGGGGAUAGCAGUGCAACAGAAAGCUGGGAUGAGGAGCUUUCUCCUUCCACUGUGUUGUACACAGCAACACAGCACACACCUACAAGCAUCACCUUAACUGUUAGAAGAACCAAACCCAAGAAGCGGAAAAAGAGUCCAGAAAAGGGUCGUGCAGCACCAAAGACGAAGAAGAUCAAGGCAUUUCGAGAGGGAUCCGAUAAGUCCUUGCGGAUGAAGAAUUCUCCCUCUGAAGCACAGAAUUUAGAUGAAAAUACCACUGAGGGCUGGGAAAAUCGGAUAAGACUAUGGACUGAUCAGUAUGAAGAAGCUUUCACUAAUCAGUACAGUGCAGAUGUACAGAAUGCCCUUGAGCAACAUCUACAUUCUAACAAGGAAUUUGUGGGCAAACCUGCUAUGUUAGACACUAUUAAUAAGACUGAACUGGCCUGUAAUAAUACAGUAAUUGGUUCCCAAAUGCAGUUACAGCUGGGGAGAGUCACUCGUGUUCAAAAGCACCGGAAAAUCCUAAGGGCUGCAAGAGACUUGGCUUUGGACACUCUUAUAAUAGAAUAUCGUGGGAAAGUCAUGUUACGACAACAAUUUGAGGUCAAUGGGCAUUUCUUCAAAAAACCAUAUCCCUUUGUGCUCUUCUACUCAAAAUUCAAUGGUGUAGAGAUGUGUGUGGAUGCUCGUACUUUCGGUAAUGAUGCUCGGUUCAUCAGAAGAUCAUGUACACCAAAUGCAGAGGUGAGACACAUGAUUGCAGAUGGGAUGAUUCACCUGUGUAUAUAUGCUGUAUCUGCUAUCACCAAGGAUGCUGAAGUCACCAUUGCAUUUGAUUAUGAAUAUAGUAACUGUAAUUACAAGGUGGACUGUGCAUGUCACAAGGGAAACCGGAACUGCCCUAUACAGAAAAGAAAUCCCAAUGCUGCAGAAUUGCCGCUCCCACCCCCUCCUAGCUUUCCCACCAUUGGAGCAGAGACCAGACGUAGAAAAGCACGGCGGAAAGAGCUGGAAAUGGAGCAACAAAAUGAGGUUCCAGAAGAGAAUCAUAACCCGCAACCACAAGAAGUUCCAGAAAAAGUAACUGUUUCCAACGAACAUGAGGAAGUUGACAAUCCAGAAGAAAAGCCUGAAGAAGAAAAAGAAGAAGCUACAGAUGACCAGGAGAGCCCAGCUCAUAACAGGAGGACCCGGGAAGAUAGGAAGGUUGAAGCCAUCAUGCAUGCUUUUGAAAAUUUAGAAAAAAGGAAGAAACGGCGGGAUCAGCCUACAGAACAGAGCAACUCAGACAUAGAGAUUACUACCAGCAGUUCAGAGACAGCCAUUGGAGAAGAGACAAAAACUGCAGCUCCUGAGUCUGAAGUUAGCAACCCUGUUUCAAAUAUUGCCAUCCCAAGCACCCCACAGAGCAUUGGUGUGAAUACAAGGAGGUCUUCCCAUGCAGGGGAUGUAGCUGCAGAAAAACCAAUCCCCAAACCGCCUCCAGCUAAGCCUUCUAGACCCAGACCGAAGAGUCGAAUUUCUCGGUACCGGACCAGUUCAGCCCAAAGACUAAAACGCCAGAAGCAGGCCAUUGCACAACAGGCAGAGCUCUCACAAGCUGCCUUGGAUGAGGGAGGAAGUAACAACUCAGUAACUCCUCCUGAAGCUGGAAAUAUAGACAGUUCAGGAGAGAACAGACAAUUAACGGGGUCUGACCCAACUGUUGUAUCAGCUACUGGAUCACAUGUCAUCCGUACUGCAUCUAAAUACCCCAAAACCAAAAAGUAUCUAGUUACAGAAUGGUUGAAUGACAAAGCAGAGAAGCAAGAAUGUCCUGUUGAGUGUCCUUUACGUAUCACCACCGACCCAACUGUAUUGGCAACAACAUUGAACAUGCUACCGGGUCUUAUUCAUUCCCCGUUAAUUUGUACCACCCCCAAACACUACAUUCGCUUUGGCUCACCCUUUAUGCCUGAGAGGCGUCGAAGGCCCCUUCUGCCUGAUGGCACAUUCAGCUCCUGUAAGAAGCGCUGGAUAAAGCAAGCCUUGGAAGAAGGGAUGACUCAGACAUCAUCUGUGCCCCAAGAGACUAGAACACAGCACCUAUACCAAAGUAAUGAGAAUAGUAAUUCUUCUAGUAUCUGUAAAGACAAUGCAGACUUACUGAGCCCAUUAAAGAAAUGGAAGUCUCGCUAUCUGAUGGAGCAGAAUAUCACCAAGUUGCUUCAGCCUCUGUCUCCAGUUACACCACCCCCUUCCAGCUCAGGCUCAAAGAGUCCCCAACUGUCCACACCUGGCCAGACUCACCCAGGAGAAGAGGAGUGUCGAAAUGGAUACAGCCUCAUGUUCUCACCAAUCACAUCUCUUACUACUGCUAGUCGCUCCAACACUCCUCUGCAGUUUGAGCUUUGUCACCGAAAAGACCUGGAUUUGACAAAAGUGGGAUACCCAGACUCCAGCACUCACAGCUGUGCUGAUAGGCCUUCCAUGCUCAACUGCAGUCAUCCUGACCUGGCUUCUCAUCCCCCUGUUGCUCCAACCUCAGAGGCUGGCUUCCCAAGCAGGAGUGGAGAUGGCCCUCAGACAUUGUUGAGAAACUCAGACCAGGCGUUUAGGACAGAGUUCAACCUGAUGUACGCCUACUCCCCUUUGAACGCUAUGCCUCGAGCAGAUGGACUGUAUAGAGGGUCCCCCUUGGUGGGGGACAGGAAGCCUUUACAUUUAGAUGGAGGAUAUUGUUCCCCUGCAGAAGGCUUUUCCAGCAGAUAUGAACAUGGCUUUAUGAAAGAUCUUUCUCGUGGAUCCAUGUCACCUGGUGGUGAAAGGGCCUGUGAAGGAGUCCCAUCUGCUCCUCAGAAUCCCCCACAAAGGAAAAAAGUAUCCUUGCUAGAGUACCGCAAACGGAAACAAGAAGCUAAGGAGAAUUCUGGAGGGGGAAAUGACUCUUCACAGAGCAAAAGCAAGUCUGCAGGAGCUGGGCAAGGCAGCAGUAACUCUGUUUCUGAAAAUACUGCCCAUGGUGUGCAGGGAUCCUCAGCCCGAACCCCCUCAUCCCCUCACAGAAAAUUCUCCCCCUCUCAUUCCUCUACAUCACAUUCGGAGGCAGUAAGCCCAUCAGAUUCCAGGGGCACUUCUUCCUCUCAUUGCAGACCUCAAGAGAACAUCAGCAGUAGGUGGAUGGUUCCUACAUCAGUUGAACGACUCCGAGAAGGAGGAAGCAUCCCUAAGGUUCUCCGAAGCAGUGUGAGAGUGGCCCAAAAGGGAGAGCCCUCUCCCACAUGGGAGAGUAACAUCACAGAGAAAGAGUCAGACCCUGCAGAUGGAGAAGCCCCAGAGCCGUUGAGCUCAGCACUCUCUAAAGGAGCAACUGUUUACAGCCCUUCCAGAUACAGCUACCAGCUUCUGCAGUGUGACAGUCCACGGACAGAAUCACAAAGCCUCCUUCAACAGAGUUCGUCCCCUUUUAGAGGACAUCUCACCCAGUCUCCAGGAUACAGUUAUCGAACUACUGCACUGAGACCUGGAAACCCCCCUUCUCAUGGUUCUUCAGAAUCAUCCCUCUCGUCCACAUCCUACCCCAGCCCUGCCCACCCUGUGUCCACAGACUCAUUGGCCCCAUUUACGGGGACUGCAGGGUAUUAUAGCAGCCAGCCGCAUUCUGGAAACAGCACUGGCAGCAAUCUUCCGAGGAGGAGCUGUUCUUCGAGUGCUGCUAGCCCUACCCCACAGGGCACUUCAGACUCACCAACCUCAGACUCGGUUUCUCAGCCCAGCACAGGAACUCUGAGUUCCACCUCCUUUCCUCAGAACUCUAGGUCGUCAUUGCCAUCAGACUUACGGACUAUCAGUCUGCCCGCUGCUGGGCAGUCAGCUGCCUACCAGGCCUCCAGGGUAUCUGCGGUUUCCAAUUCACAGCACUACCCACAUCGUGGGAGUGGGGGUGUACACCAGUACCGACUCCAGCCACUGCAAGGGUCAGGAGUCAAGACUCAGACAGGACUUUCCUAGGGCUUCUGGAUAUGGGCAAACUGAACUUGAUGAGCCCAUAGCUGCUUCCUUCCAGCUGCCUCUGGAACCAAGGCCGAGUGUAUUGCUGGGGAAGAGGGGUACAAGGUGCCAGAGGAAUGGGUCUGGUCAGCAAGAAAUGAGACUUGUGGUCGUGACUGGCCUCCGGCCUUGGAGAAAGAUGUAAAUCUUGUCUGAAGCAGAGACUAUAAAGAAGCUUCUCCCUGCUGUUAAGGGUACAUUGUUAACAAGCAAAUGGUGUUUCGGUUAGUAACGGUUCUAAGUGCAAUGACUUGUGUUGAAGCCUAUGUCUCCCAUCCUUGCCUGUAGCCUGUAGUCACUUGUGCAGUAAGGACAUCUUUUUCAA